AUGCAAACUUGUAGAUGUACUAGAACUGAGGGGGUUAAUGGAGAAUUGUUGGAUGCUAAAGGGUUAACAAAAACCCGCGAUUCCUCACUUGUCAGAUGCAAAGGAGGAGGAACUGAGCGAUUCCACCACCAACACUUUUGUCUUUUUGGACUUUUACAUUUAACCAACGGAAUGAAAUUUUUGGUGAGCUUUGGCCUGGUUUUAACUGUCGUUUUAUGCAUUCUUGAGGCUAUUUGGUUUAGGCGUGCUCUCUGUGUGAUGAUCGUCCCUUUUGGUGUGGUUGUUUUGUCAUCUAUUGCCAUAUUCAGGCAUAAACCCUCUUUCCUUUGGCCGAUCAUAGGAAUUUCGUUCUUUCACUUAUUUUUGGAUGCAUAUGCAACUAUUGUCUUUCUAUUUUUCUUUAUUUACAAACCACUUUACAUUAUAAUGGUUUUGAAUUGGGCAUUUGACAACAUGUACCCGAAUAUAUCCCCAUAUUAUCCACAUUGUGCUCUCAUUUUUGCUAUACUGAUUGUUUUCUUUCUCUUCAAUUUUUGGCAGUUAAAUAUUUCCUUAUGCUUCCGGGAUUAUUUGAAUGAGAUUCUUCGUUCUGGCAUUUCGACUAAUGGAAGCACAGGAAACAGUAGUUGUGGAUUUGACAGUAACAAUUCUUCUGUUUUGCCACUUUGUACCAUCUCCUGCGUCAAAGGUACAUUGCAACACCCUCAAUGCAGAAUCAUCAACAGAUCGCCUUUAACUUUGCUUGAUUACGAUGAAGGAAAAAGUGACAAGCUCCCCUCUCCUUCAAAUAAUUCACAAAAGAUAGCUAUGUUGUGGCAUUCACCUUCCAUAAAACGUGGAGUAAAAAUUCCUCAAAGCACCAGAACACCGCCUCCAAUCUCCAUUUCAGGUUAUUAUUAUUUUGAACUAGCAACAACGGCGUGGAUAAAUUUUUAUGACUGA